AUGGCUGCUAUCGCCGAGCGCACCUUCAUCGCCAUCAAGCCUGACGGAGUCCAGCGGGGACUAGUGGGAGAAAUCAUCAAGCGGUUCGAACAGAAAGGAUUCAAACUGGUGGCCAUGAAGUUAAUACACGCCUCUGAAGACCUUCUGAGAGAACACUACAUUGACCUAAAAGACCGGCCGUUCUACGAUGGUCUGGUGCACUACAUGCACUCUGGGCCUGUUGUAGCUAUGGUGUGGGAAGGUCUUAAUGUGGUUAAGACUGGAAGAGUGAUGCUGGGGGAAACGAAUCCAUUCGAUUCAAAGCCUGGCACUAUUCGUGGUGACCUCUGCGUUCAAGUUGGAAGGAACAUCAUUCAUGGAAGUGAUUCUGUGGAAAGCGCUGAGACGGAGAUCAAUUUGUGGUUCGCUCCUGAAGAGCUGGUUGAUUAUAGAAGCUGUGCUCAUGAAUGGAUCUACGACUAA